AUGCCAAACAUUAUCAAAAAAAAAUCUAAUAAAUUAUUUCUAACUUUUUAGAAAAGAAAAAAGUUGCCAUUUGAUUAUAAUCUUAUUCAGAAAAUAGAUGAUAGUAAAAAUAAUUAAAAGUUAGAACAUACUAUUAAUGAAUCAGUUGAAUAGAAAUAGAAUAUGGAAAUUAAUAAUCAAGAAAUCUAAAUAAACAAUAAUGAAAUCCCUUAGUAAAAUAAUUAAGAUGAAUAGUAAGAAGAACCUUAUAAAUUAAUAAAUAAAUUUGAGUCAAAUUAAGUAAGAUUACAAAAGACAAUUAAUAUAAUUAAAGAGUUACAGAACAGAUCAUCAAAUAAAAGAAUUAUGGAGGAAAGUUAAAAAUAUUAUCUAAGAGAAAUAGGAGACUUCAAUACUUUAUGUAAACAUUAUUCAAUUAAAAAAAUAAAUAAUAAAUAAAAUUUAAAGUAACAUUGCAAUAAAAUAUAGUUUGUAAGAGGAGAUGGAAAUUGUUUUUAUACAGCAUUUAUUUAUCAAUUUUUUAUUCAUUUACUAUUUACUUACAAUCUUAAUUAAUAUGAUCAAUUCAUUUAAUUUGUUUUAGAUAAAAAGAUUUAAUUCAAAAUCAAUUAUGAAGAUUUCUAAAUUGAUGAUUAAGAAUUAUUAGAAGAAUUUCUUUAUUAACUUUAGUAACUUCGUCUAAUUGAAAACGAAGAAGAUAGAAAAUAAUAACUUUUAUCAUAAUUUAUUUAAUAUUUUAUCUCAGAAGAUGGAAAAGGUUGUUUUUACAAUCUUUCUUCAAUUUUCUUAAGAAAUUUAUGUGAUACUAUCUUAGAAUUGAGUGAAAUGAAAGAUUAGUGUCUAGAUAGAGAAAACUUGUUAAUUUGGGAAGCUGAAUGCAAUUACAAUGAAAUUAUCGUUUAAAUACUUGCAUAAUAAUUGAAAAUGUAAAUAUAUCAUUUUAUGAUUUUAGUCAUAUAAAAUUGAUAUUUUUUUAGAAUGGAGAAUUUAUCAUUUAAGAGUAUGAAAAAGAUUGUUAAAAUUAAAUUAUUCUGCUUAUAUAGCCAGGACAUUAUAACAUAGGAUAUAAUGAUUGA